AUGGCGGUGGCCAUGGCGGCGGCGGAGACCAAGUUCAUAUACCAUCUGGAUGACCAGGAGACACUGUACCUGGUGAAGCUGCCCAUCCCGGCUGAGCGGGUGAUGCUGGGCGACUUCAAGGCGCUCCUCAACUGGUCCAGCUACAAGUUCUACUUCAAGUCUAUGGAUGAUGAUUUUGGGGAAGAAUCUGAUGAUGCAGUAGCUGAUCUGGGUGAGACAGUUAUUGCCAGCACCAUCUGCAUCAUCAACCAGAUCUUUGGCUAUUUCAUCCUUGGCCAUCCCAUGUGUGUGGUGGAAGGAUAUACAGUGUCUGCUUGUGGCAUCACAGCUCUCUGGUCUUUGGCCAUUAUCUCCUGGGAGUGCUGGGUUGUUGUCUGUAAGCCUUUUGGAAAUGUCAAGUUUGAUGCCAAAUUGGCCAUGGUUGGUAUUGUCUUCUCCUGGGUGUGGUCUUGUUCCUGGACAGCACCACCCAUCUUUGGCUGGAGUAGGUACUGGCCGCAUGGUCUGAAGACAUCGUGUGGUCCAGAUGUAUUCAGUGGCAGUGAUGACCCUGGUGUUCAGUCUUACAUGAUUGUGCUCAUGAUCACCUGCUGCUUCAUCCCACUGAGUGUCAUCAUCCUGUGCUACCUUCAAGUGUGGCUGGCUAUCCGUGCAGUUGCUGCCCAGCAGAAAGAGUCAAAAUCUACACAGAAAGCUGAGAGGGAAGUGUCAAGGAUGGUGGUGGUCAUGAUCCUUGCCUAUUGCUUCUGCUGGGGACCAUACAUAUUCUUUGCCUGUUUUGCUGCUGCCAACCCAGGAUAUGCCUUCCACCCCCUUGCAGCUGCCCUACCUGCCUAUUUUGCAAAGAGCGCCACAAUCUACAACCCUAUUAUCUAUGUCUUCAUGAACAGACAGUUCCGUAACUGCAUAUUGCAACUCUUUGGCAAGAAGGUAGAUGAUGGCUCUGAAGUCUCCUCCACCUCCCGUACUGAGCUCUCCUCUGUCUCUAACUCUUCUGUAUCACCAUCAUAA